AAAGCCUCAAACCCCCAAGGAAAUCAAACCAAUUCGACUCGCUACGGGUACCGUCAGCCAGCCAGGCCAGCAAAACACCGCUGCCAGAGACGGACUGACUGUCCAUCCGCCCGCAAAGUCUUGGGAGCCCAAAUUUAUGCGUUGUUCGAUGUAGUGCGUACCCACAAAAGGACCAUAUCCGAUGUCCCGCGAGUGGGAAACACGCAAGCUCGACUUGGUUCACAAACAGUCAUGUAGUGAGCGACGUCCGGCUGUACAACUACUCUUCUUUGGGUGCUUUUUCGAUUUGAAAACACCAUAUCAUCAGCAUCAUACCGACGAAGAUUUUUUUUUUCUAUCGCCCCAUGGCCUCCUUUACCUAGUGCGGCCCAGAUCUGCUUGUGUUUACCAUGCAUGCUUGGCGGCCUGAGAUUGGAGCUUUGAACUUGCAUCCGGGGGAGGCUUUCAGGCCAUAAGGAAACAGAGGAGACGAGACAAAAGAAGCCCAGCUCUUGUUUUUUUUUCAGCGAGUAAUUUGCUAUUAUUUUGGAGUCUGCCUUGCAAGACCUUCAACAAAUUACCGGAACGGUCGGGCUUGGUUGGGUCCCAUAGAGUUCUACCUUUGUAUAACAGACGUCUAUCCAGACCCGGCACUUGUUUGAAAAGUUGUCGAUCCAUCAGUCAGUCACUUGUUGAGUGCUGCUGUUGGAAACUAAUUGAGCAGAGAGUAUGGAAGCAAAAUCAUUGGAAUUCGAGCGGUUGGCCCGUCAAGCCAACACUAAUUCGGAAGCCUUGCGAAAUGCAAUAGCUGCUGCUGAGGCAUGUUUUCAGGCCGUCGACCAUGCCUCGUCUCCGUCAGAAAAGGCACGCCUGAGACGCAAGUUGAAGGAACUGCUUGCCUACGCCGAACAACUUAAGAAAGGCCCCUCACCACAGACUCGUCCUGUGACGCCUGGGCAAUCUCGUCGCCUUCCUACGUCGGAAAAAACCAUCAUACUACGUUCUUCUCGCCUCCACGGCUAUGUCUUUCCACCAUGGGAGGCCCCGCCAUCUGCUAAUCAUUUUAGACUGGCAGACGAUGGCACAUUGUACCAAGAUGAGUCUGAAUUCUGUCUAUCUCCCAGGCAGCAGGAGAUAUUUGCUGGGUGGAAAAGGCCCUCUGAGAUGUUCUCACUACCGAGCAGGGCUAGCGAUGGCGGGAACAAUGCUGCACAUAAACUGCCGUCAACAUUGAUGCAAAGAGCUGCGACGGAGAACGACUUGGUGCAGGACAUCACAACCGACUGCAGUGUUGUUGCCAGUUUAUGCGCCGCUAUGAAGCAUCUCAGUUGCAAAGAAAGCCCACUGCUUGCUGAUCUGAUGUACCCCUUUGAUGCGACCAGUUCGACACCGCUCAUGUCUGAGAAUGGCAAAUACAUAUUCAAGAUGAACUUCAAUGGCUGCUUCAGACACGUAGCUAUUGACGAUCGCCUCCCUGCCUCCCGCACAUCCCGUACCCUGUUUGUGGUGGAUAGAAAAAAUCCUCAGCUUAUCUGGCCUGCCCUGAUGGAGAAGGCCUACCUCAAAAUAAGGGGAGGCGGCUAUGACUUUCCGGGAAGCAACUCGGGGACAGAUCUAUGGGUUCUCACCGGCUGGAUACCUGAGCAGAUUUUCCUUCACGAGGAUAUGGAGCCAGACCAAAGCUGGGCUCGCAUCAAAGAUGGGUACGACCGUGGCGACGUCGUCGUGACCCUUGGUACCGGGAGGCUGUCAAACGAAGAAGAGGAGGCACUCGGGCUCGCUGGCGAACAUGACUAUGCUGUUAUGGAUGUGCGAGUAGAGAACGGGAUACGACGCAUGCUGGUCAAGAAUCCCUGGUGUGAUGGCCUCAUCUGGAAAGGGGUCGGCUCCUCAGCCGUGUUGGAACCAAAAACGACACCAAACUCUCCAGCAGGAAACUCCCCGGCAUCUUCAACUGAUGGAAUGACGGGCACGUUCUGGAUCUCUUUCGAGGACAUCAUCCAAAACUUUGAAUCACUCUACCUCAACUGGAACCCGUCACUGUUCAGCCACCGCCAGGAUCAUCACUUCACUUGGGAUAUACCGGACCCCAUGUUGGCCAACUCUUUCGCACGGAAUCCUCAGUAUUCAAUCUGCGCUCAGGCUGACGGCACAGUGUGGGCGUUGUUGGACCGCCAUUUCCACGACGAGGAGCUUACAAUUACUCGAAACAGGUUAUCCACUCCACCUCGUAGAUCGACCAGUCUUCCGGAUUCUCUUGGCUUCAUGUCCCUUUUCCUCUUCUCCAACACAGAUGGCAAUCGUAUACAGUUGCCUGAUCGUCCCCGAUGGCUCCAAAAACAGCCGUUCGUGGAUAGUCCGCAAACACUCUUGCGCUUCAGAGCCAGGAGGGGAGAGCGCUACACACUUGCGGUCGCGCAAUCCAGCCUCCCAUUGCCCAAAUACAACUUUAGCCUCUCCUUUUUCAGCCGCUCGCCGCUUGAGGUGAGCAAGGCGGAUCCCGAACAUUUCCACUACACCACAAUAACCGGAUCAUGGACGCGGCGCUCCGCGGGGGGUAACGGCGCCGAACCCACAUACCUGUCAAACCCGCAAUACUCGAUCAAAGUCACCACGCCCACCGCCAUAUCACUUCUUCUCUGCACAGGCAAUCAGGACUUGCCGCUGCACGUGGACCUGCUCUGGUCAGGCACGGGCGUAGCAGCCAGUGGGACCGCCCGUGAGAUUGUGGCAUCUAGCGGCGAGUACCGUCGUGGGAGCGCCCUGUGUGCAGUCUCGCGCUCGUGUCCUGCUUCUACGGCUGCUGGCGGAGCCUCGGUUCUCCAACCGGGCGUAUAUAUCGCUGUACUCUCUACCUUUGAGCCUGGGCAGUUAGCAUCGUAUACUCUUGAGAUUGGCUCAUCGGCACCCGACGGUCCCGUCAUUGUGGCUCCGGCCGCCCGAACCGGUGCAGCCGCCGGGCGCCUGCGCACCGCCCUGCCGCCCGUUCCUCAAUUGCCGCCCGCCCGCUACACGGCCACGGCAGCCCAGUGUGACCAGGACCCGAGCGACGCCCGCGGCCACCGCGCGCCAGUCAUCGUGUCGCGCCUGACCAGGCUCAGUGUCGCCGUGGCACCUCGCUCCGGCGGAGUCGACGCCGUGCGCGUGCGCCUCGAAGCCGGCUCCAAUGCCCACCGCCGCGAGCUCGCCUUCAGCGGUGGUGACACCCACGAGUUCGUCGACGCUGCGCGCGGCGCGCGAACGCUCGAGGUCGAUGUCGACCCGGGCCUGGCUCAGCGCGAGGGUGGGCUCUGGGUCGUGAUCGAGCAGAUGGGAGGCGGCAAGGGCAACGGCGCGGCGGCUGCCUAUGUUGCUGCUCCAACCGUCGUCGAGGUCUUUAGUGAUAACCCCGUUCAGCUCGGGCAGUGGGAGUACAACGAUGACUAGUUAUGGGGCGGUGGUGUCUGUAAGAGCACCUGCUGCUGCAUGUUUUAUGGGAGCGGAACCAGUAUCUAGAACAAAGGCAACUAACUACAUAUAAUUUGCUAUUAAUACAGUACAUGUGCCCGCA